AUGUCAAUCACAAGUUCGAUGUCGGCCCCAGUUGCCCAAUUGGCACCAGAGCUGCUGUGUCGCAUAUUUCUCAACUUUCGCUCGGACAGGUUGUACGGACAAUUCAUCUCCAGUGCCGGCGGCAGCUAUACCCUCAAGCCCAAGUUAUGCCCGACCCUCUUUCGUAUUUUGCUGGUCUGCCGACGUUGGCGAGAAGUGGCGUUGGCCUGCAGCCGAUUAUGGAGCCACAUCAGCAUCUGCAAUCCAUCCCCACCUCUUUUUUCGUUCAUGGUCGAGUACUCUCGAAAUUCUCCGCUCUCAUUGUCAGGCGGAAUUAAGGUGUAUUGCGAGGAAGAUGAAGAAAGGCUCGAUAGAGUCAUGCCUCUUCUUCACCGCGUUUAUGCCUUCCAUCUACGCGUAGACCUCACGGACCUUACAAAAGUGACAACAAUAUUCGGCCGUGUACUAAACGCAGAUUCCGCUCCCGAACUCCAGUCACUCGAUCUCUGGUACGGCAAAUCGUCCGCUCCGCAUGCCCACGUUACAGCCACCACAUCCUCGCUUCCAGCCCAUCUUUCCUCGCUCACUCUGAAUCGCGUCAUGGUCUCAAUGCCCCCGAAUUCCAUACACACAUCACUGACCACGCUCACAAUCAACUCCUUACCUUCACCGUGGAGGUGUCUUCUACCCGGUGCACUGAUCGAUACACUGGAGAACUUUCCUAAUCUGACAUCCCUCAGUAUGCACUGUGGCAGUGAACACGUCCCUCGUGUACGACCCGCACACAGGCCCCAACCAGCGGUUUUACCCCGUCUCCAACUCUUUACUCUAAGUGGAACUCCCGCCCACCUUGCAUAUCUGUUAUCCUCGCUAUUCCUCCCUCCUAUGGUGACGCUGGAGCUCUACAUAUUCGAAUCAACGACUUACGAUGCGCUUGACGUUCCUGCUGGGUGGGUAGCGCCUCAGAACCAAUUGGGCGAUCACGUCACCGAGGAGGCCAUAAACGAGGCCGCGAUCCUGUUCUUCACCGAGCUCAAAAAGCUCGUCAUGGCACGGUACCAGAGCUCGGAAGGCACGGAGAAUCAAGAGACAUACAGAGCCGAAUAUUCGUUCUUUCACGCAACAGAUGUUCAACGUCUCGACAUUGUGGUCAAACCACUGGCAAACGAAGACCGUUUGUCACCUUUCAUAUCUAUAAACUACUCCGAGACGCGCGAGACGCACGAGAUGCGCGAAGAGGACGACGGAAGCGAGGACGAAGACGGAAAUGAGUUCGGCAUAAAGGAAGCAAAUCCGAUUAUGCGCAAGUCCACCCUCCCUUUCCUUUCUCGCUUUUCCGAUCUCUUCCCGGUCAACGUCGUCCGCGAACUUCAGUUCAUAACGGACGUCCCAGCAUUCCCACUCAUCGACGACAUGCAGUGGAGACCCAGCUUUCUGGACUGGGAUGAACUACAGACCCUCCAUGUGACGGGAGCGGGCACAGCAGCUUGGAUGGCCCCAUAUUUAAUGAAGACCAGGAAUCGUGAUCUCCCUUCCGUUUUUCCGCAACUGAGAAUGUUCAUCCUCGACAAAGUCAACCAGAGUUCGUCCAUCGAGCCUCACCGUAUUUGGUCGGCACAGCUGCACACGAGAAGCACAUCAAUCGUCGAUCAAUGGGACCGUGUCCUUCGCGCUCGAGCUGCAUGUGCCAAUGGACAGAAACUUGAGAGAUUGGGAUUGGUCGAGGGCGGAGGGCGAAGGCUGUGGCGGACGUGGCUCAAGAUGGCCAAGGAGACGGUGUGGAUGAAGGAUUGCGAUGCGAGGUGGAAGUGGGAUGAGAGAUGGGGAUACGAAAGCAACGAGGAGAUGAGCGACACGGAGCACGAAUCUGAUAGAGGCGAUGGACCUGAUGAUGGCUGGAUUGAAGAGGUUGGAGACAGAUACACUAAACCAAUUGGUCUCAAAUACGAGUUGGAGCAGUUGAACGAGUGGGAAAAGGCCGUUUUCUCCAUUUCUCGUGCGGAAUCCAGAAAGGAGAAAGCUGAGUCCCCCUGUUCCCUCAACGGCUACCACAAGCCCCAGGAUCCUCCAGUACUAGCGAUCUUCAUCUUGAAGUUUCUCGUCGACAUAGAUCUCAAGGUCAAGAUAUCUACGAUGGUCUUCCCAGAUGAGAAGUUUGACAUGACCACGAAAUUGCCCACCGAACUACUUUCCCGCAUCUUCCACUGUUUCCGCUCGUUGACUCGCUAUAUUUCCUCCUCGGAAGAAUACAUCACGCUCGGAGAGUCCACAUAUGUUCUCGAUCCAACGCGUUGCCCGACUUUAUUUCGGAUUCUUCUCGUAUGCCAUCGCUGGCGGGCCAUCGCCCUGUCGGACAGUCGUCUAUGGUGUAAUAUCCACCUUGGUAAUCCACCACUACCAUUGUUGUCCUUCAUGUUGGAAUACUCGAGGACUUCGCCUCUCUCUUUCUCUGGCCCUAUUCCGAUACCUUCCGACAUGCAUGUCGCACCAGAGGUUCAAACCAUUCUGAAUCUUGUCCCUCGAAUUGAGCUUCUGCAUCUCAAAUUUACCGAUCCCAAUUCCUCGGGAUUCUCCCGCAUGAUCGGAAACUUGUCUGCCGCUAGCAUUCCCACAGCAGUAUUGAAGACUCUAGAGCUUCGAAUCCAGUGGGCUUGGAGCGCGAGUUCCAGAGAUAGAGGCUCUUCGUAUGCUAUCGACAUUUCUUCAUUCCCACCGUCACUGUCGUCCAUUACUCUAGACGGAGUUCUACCCUUUGUGCCAUUGCGACAUGACGCGAUCACAUCCCUCCAUAUGCAUUCCACUCCUGUACCGUGGAAGUGUUAUCUCCCAGGCAGUCUGUUUGACGCACUGGAAAAUUUGCCUAACUUGGAGUCUUUACGUAUGUCGCAAAAGCGGCACCCCGACUCAGUCCCCCGAGUCAGACCAACCCCACGAGUUCCACCCAUCUAUCUGCCCUUACUUCGUGCCUUCUCCUUAUCAGGCACUCCGACUCACUACGCGUACUUUGUCUCCUCGUUAUCCAUCCCCGCGACAGCCCUCAGGGAUAUAACUAUCUACGAGGCAGUCGAAUGCUAUGACACCGAUGACACACCCGAAGGAUGGGUGCCGCCGACAUCUCAGGCGAAUGUUAUGGACGAGUCCGCAGUUCAUCCCGAAGUGCUUCAGGAUUCCAGAGACUAUCUUCUUUCCGACUUAGAACACAUGUUUUCGACUCGUAAUCUGCUUCCAGAUCGAGCCGGGGAAACUUUCCAGGUCCACUUUUCCCUGCUCUUAACACAGGAUGAGGAAUACUUUUUCAAGAUCCUCGUUGUCUCCACUCCCGUACACCGAAGCGGAUUCAGGACGGUUCAUGAUCUCUUUGAUACGGAUAGCGCAAACAGAUCCGUGCCGGUACUCACCAUCAAGUACAUUUCACCACGCACCAUGGAAUGGGACGAACAUAGUUGGGAUCUUGCUCACCCAGUUAUCCUUCCUUUUAUCUCCGCCAUUUCACGCAUGUUCCCCCCGGACGCUGUCGACCACCUCCAUAUCUCCUCGAAUGUCCUCAUCGUCCAAAGUGCCAAAUCUGAUCUUGAGAGCGUACACGAAAAGAGCCCAGAGUGGACACCGUCCUUCCUGGAAUGGAAAACGAUUCGCUCCCUUCACGUUGAAGGCAAAGGGAUGGCGGAAUGGAUUGUGCCGCACCUGUCGGAAACGCGGCGGCUGAGCUACAGGGAGGGGGGGAAAUGGAGGACAGAGACGUCGGUUGUGGUAUUCCCGAAGCUGCAGGAGCUGCUCCUGGAUAAAAUCGACCUCACCUAUUACGAUCCACCCAACCCCCCACCUUAUCGUAGCCCAUUCCAAGUCUGGUCUAUGCGACCGAGGAGUAAUUCUCUUGAACUGUGGAAGGGCUGGGAGGCCGCAAUCGAGGGCCGAGCAAAAUGCGAAGGACAAAAGUUGCAGGGGUUGCUUUUGAUUGAGUGGUCUACUUGGGGAAGAUUGGAACAUCGCGAUUGGAUGGCCACACUCAGGAGCAGGGAUUGGAUCAACGGUGGCAACAUUCGGUGGGUUGCCGAUUCCACCUUUGAAGAAGAUGACAAUUUAUCGGGAUAUGACACUGAUGAAGUGGAGGAGGUCUUCGAGACGUACAAUGAUCCCAAUUACUUGUUGAUAAAAUGGCACCAGAAAAUGUGUGCUGGACUGUGCCAUGCGUUCUGUAACCAGCUCCCGGAUUAG